GUAAUGCCUUCGGGGGUAUAUAUACGACGAGCGCUGCGGGGCUUGAUAAACACUUGCCCGUCAGCGAUUUCUGCCGCAACAUGUACACGUCAUUGAUAGUCUUGAUCGCGCUGGCAGCCUGCGCCGCGGCAGCGCCUGCCGAGGACGUGAUACCGAUCGUCAGUCAAAGUCAAGAGGGUCCCAACCCCGACGGAUCGUACAAGUGGAGUUACGAGACUGGCAACGGUAUCAAGGCUGAGGAGGAGGGUCAUGUGGAAGACGCCGGCUCCGAGAACGAGGCGAUGAAGGCGGAGGGCGGCUUCAGCUACAAGAGCGACGACAACCAGCAGAUCUCACUUACGUACGUCGCCGACAAGAACGGCUUCCAACCGUCGGGCGCUCAUUUGCCGACCACGCCGGAAAUCCCGCCAUUGAUACAGAAGGCACUCGAGUGGAUCGCGGCGCAUCCGUCCAAGGAGGACGAGAACCAGGUUUAAAUCUCGCGAUCGGCCGCCGCCACGAUCCACAGUAUGUGAUCUCACGAUUUCACGCAAUUUGCACUAAAAACGAGAAUGGAAGAUGAUCCACGGUACAUAAUCGAUGAUGCCGAAUGAUGACGAUGACGAUGACAAUGAUGAUGAGUGUUGCCACACCGCCCGCGUCGCUUCUCCUCCCCUUAUUUCCAAACGAAACUCGGACUGCUCUGGUUCAAAUUGUUGUAAAUAUUUAUUGUACGUCUACGAUAUUACAUAUUACAUAUUCAUAUAUAUAUAUAUAUAUAUAUAUAUGUAUUUUAAUAUUAUAUUAUAUUAUAUAUAAUAUGUAUAAGAACGUGUACCAUGACCGCGUAAUUAAUUUACGUCGUCUGAUACAUGUCACGGUGCAUUAAGAAUAAAUAUUGCAUCCCAAGAGAGAUGUUAAACGCUAUUUCCAUCUCGACAUAUAUA